ACAAUGUCCAAAACACUGAAGAAGAAGAAGCACUGGUCCAGCAAAGUGCAGGAGUGCACCGUGUCGUGGGGGAGUGGCGGGGAGUUCGGCACCGUGGUGGAAGUUGGAGGAGGCGCCGAGUCGGGAGAGUUUCCCCAUCUUGGCCAAGUAGCGUCCGAAGCGAUGGUUUGCCACGCCGGAAGGUUUCCCGGCCCCGGGGACGUGCUGCUGGAAGUCAACGGCACGCCGGUCAGCGGACUGACCAACCGAGACACCCUUGCUGUCAUCCGCCACUUUAGGGAACCCAUCCGGCUGAAGACUGUGAAACCAGGUAAGGUGUUGAAUACCGACCUGCGUCACUACCUCAGUCUCCAGUUCCAGAAAGGCUCCCUGGACCACAAGCUGCAGCAGGUGAUCAGGGACACUUACCUGAGGACUAUCCCAUGUACGACUCGGCAGCCCAGAGAGGGGGAGGUCCCUGGAGUAGACUACAACUUCAUCAGUGUGGGGGAGUUCCGUGUUCUGGAGGAGAGUGGACUUCUGCUCGAGAGCGGUACCUAUGAUGGGAACUACUAUGGCACCCCAAAGCCUCCUGCAGAGCCCAGCCCUGUGCAGCCGGACUUGGUGGACCAGGUUCUGUUUGAUGAGGAGUUUGACACAGAGGUCCAAAGGAAACGCACCACCUCCGUCAGCAAAAUGGACAGGAAGGACAGCGCAGCCCCUGAGGAGGAGGAGGAAGACGAGAGGCCGGCCAUGGUCAACGGCCUAACAGAGCACAAGGAUAAGUCAGAGUGGAGGAAGACGGUGCCCAGUUACAACCAGUCCGCAGGGGCCAUGGACUUCCGGGCAUGGAAUGCCCUAUCGCAGGACGAGAGCCAGGAGCCUUUGCCCAAGAACUGGGAGAUGGCCUACACAGAGACUGGCAUGGUCUACUUUAUUGAUCACAACAGUAAGACCACCACCUGGCUGGAUCCCCGCCUCGCCAAGAAGGCCAAGCCCCCGGAAAAAUGUGACGAUGGAGAGUUGCCCUAUGGCUGGGAGAAGAUUGAGGACCCCCAGUACGGCACCUACUACGUAGACCACAUCAACCAGAAGACACAGUUUGAGAAUCCUGUGUUAGAGGCCAAGAGGAAGCUAAGUGACGACGCGCCCACUUCCAGCCAACAGUCGACAACCACACCCUCAGAGGAGCCUGGUGGAGUAGUGCGGGGCUUCACACGGGAUCCGGGUCAACUGCAGGGCACUAUUUUGCGGACAGCGUUGAGAAAGAGCCCCCAGGGCUUUGGAUUCACCAUCAUCGGCGGAGACCGUCCUGAUGAGUUCCUUCAGGUGAAGAACGUUCUUCCAGAUGGGCCCGCCGCGCACGAUAACAAGAUCGCCUCAGGUGACGUUAUCGUGGACAUCAACGGCACAUGUGUUCUGGGAAAGACCCAUGCUGAUGUGGUGCAGAUGUUCCAGUCUAUUCCAGUCAACCAAUACGUGGACAUGGUCCUUUGCCGAGGCUACCCCCUACCUGAGGACAACAGCAGCAGCGAGGAGGCCUCAGGGGAGGUUGGCAUCUCCAAAGACGCUUCCCCUUCCCCCUCCAUCUCCACCCCUCAGGACCCCCACUAUGCCAGCCCUGAUGGAGGAACCCUUCCAAGGCCGGCUGCCGCAGUACCACCAAUGACAAACGGAGGGCGCCACCACCACCAACAUCACCACCACCAACACCACCACCAUCCUCAUUCUCACAUUCUGGAAGGCCCGGACCCUUCUCUGUUACAGCCGGAGCUAGUGAGUGUCUCCCUGAUCAAGGGUCCCGGAGGGUUUGGUUUUGCCAUCGCCGACUGCCCUCUUGGCCAGAAGGUGAAGAUGAUCUUGGAUGCUCAGUGGUGCCGCGGCCUGCUGAAGGGAGAUGUCAUCAAGGAGAUCAACAGGCAGAAUGUCCAGACGUUAAGCCACUCCCAGGUGGUGGACAUCCUCAAGGACCUGCCCGUGGGUAGCGAGGUCAACGUGCUGGUUCUCCGAGGAGGUCAGACGUCUCCUGUGAAAUCACUAAAGCCGUGCACCGCUCCCUCAUCACAAGCCAUAUCACAGCAGAUCCCCCAGCAGGCACCCCAUGCCGUGCCUCAGCAGUUUUCCCAGCCAAGUGCCCAGCCCAUUGUCCAGCAACAAGAGAUAACCACCAGCACAGAGACUCUGACUCACCAGGAGUUGCCCCCCCAGCCUCUGCCUUUUCCCUCGAACACCCUGCGGUCCUCCUCCCCCAAACCGGACCCGUCUGAGCUCUACCUCAAAUCAAAGGCCAUGUUGGACAACAAGCCUCCCAACACCAAGGACUUGGAUGUGUUUAUCAAGAGGAACCAGGAGUCAGGAUUUGGUUUCAGGGUCCUUGGAGGCGAGGGACCAGAUCAGCCGGUGUAUAUUGGCGCCAUCGUGCCCCUUGGUGCAGCUGAAAAGGACGGUCGUCUACGGGCAGGAGAUGAGCUGCUUUGUAUAGAUGGCGUGCCAGUCAAGGGAAAAUCCCACAAACAGGUGCUGGAGCUGAUGACCAACGCUGCCCGUAAUGGUCAAGUCAUGCUCACAGUCCGCAGGAAACUGACACAUAUGGACGAAAGCGGAGAGGAGGAGGGCAGCCAGCCGCCUCAGCAAGUCGCCGCCGCCUUAGUCAAUGGCUCUCCCAAACCGAAGGCCAGUCCCUCCCAGCCCUUCCGGCCUGAGUGUUUUGACGUCACUCUGCAGCGCAAAGACAACGAGGGCUUCGGCUUUGUCAUCCUCACAUCCAAGAACAAGCCACCGCCUGGAGUUAUCCCUCACAAGAUUGGCCGUAUAAUCGAGGGCAGCCCGACGGACCAUACGGGCCAGAUGAGGGUGGGGGAUCGUAUCUCGGCGGUCAAUGGCCAGUCCAUCAUGGAGCUUUCUCACAAUGAUAUCGUUCAGCUCAUCAAGGAGGCCGGCAACUCCGUCACGCUCACAGUGGUGCCGGAAGAUGACAGCGGUCCUCCCUCGGGAACAAGUUCGGCCAAGCAGAGCCCCUCAUCACAGCACAGAGCCGUCGGCCAGCAGCCUCCCAGCCAUCCAGACAGGAAAGGUGAGGCUGAGGAAAAGAAGGACGGGGUUGGCUGGCCAGAACACAGGUCUCUCCCGGGGAGAGAGACGGGAGCACUCAUCGCCUCGGGCCCUAAGCAGGGCUGUUUCGUGGUGGAGCUGGAGCGCAGCCAGCGGGGUUUUGGCUUCAGCCUGAGAGGAGGGAAGGAGUACAACAUGGGUCUGUUCAUACUCCGACUGGCCGAGGACGGACCCGCUCUCAAAGAUGGCAGAAUACACGUUGGAGAUCAGAUAGUGGAAAUCAACGGUGAGGCCACCCAGGGUAUCACACACACAAGAGCCAUCGAGUUGAUCCAGGCAGGGGGCAAUAUAGUUCAUCUACUGCUGCGACCUGGCCUUGGCUUGGUCCCCGAUCACAGUUCAAAGGACAAAGUAACCAUGUCAGCCUCAAGCUUUCCCAGACUCCCCAUAUUUGACGAGCAGUUAUCUCCAGCAUCUCCGUCAUCUGCCUCCCUCUUCAACACUGAGCUGCCCCCAUCCCUAUCAAAUGCCACUGCCCCUGAUGACUCCUCUGAAUGGGACCCUCGAACCACUUGGUACCCCGGUUCUGGGCAGGAACACCUUGCGCAACCUAGCCUGCAUAACCGGUACGGAAGACAGCAGCACUCUCACCACCAUAAGCGUCCCACCAGCCCUGACACCUUGGACAGAAAGAGCCACAAAGACAAGCCUGCCAGUCCUAAGAGAGUUACCGAGGGCCGGGUGGAUGGUGUGGAGCGAUCCCUUAGCCCCAGGAAGACGGACAGAGGCCACAGCGGAUCUCUGGAAGACAUGAGCAGGGAGAGAAGGGCCCAUGGCCAGAGAAAUCACCGGCCUUCAAGCCCCAGGCAAAAUAUCAGGAGGGAACAAGACCCUGCUGCACCUAGGAAGAACCUGGAAGAGCCUCAGAGCCCCAGGCGCCCAGGGGGCCAACAACCCAGCACCGCCCCGGCUGAAGAAAGGGAGUGGAGAUACACGGAGGAGGAUGCGACCUAUUAUUUAGAGCAAGGGUAUGUAGAGAGGGAGGACACAACCGGCAGAACCAAUGAGCGGCGCAAGAAAGACAAAGGUGCCAAACGAGAUACAGCGGUGCAUAGAUCUCACUCCCAGAUCCAUAGGGAGAGGGCGGGGUCAGACGCUGACACCACCACCCUGAGUCGGAGGGGUGGAAGAGAGAAGGAAAAGGAGAAACUGGGGGAUAAGGAAGCAAGGGAAGGCAAGCACCGCGGGUCACCUGAAGAACUGAACAAAAAGGACCCCAGGGGAUCGAGCAGUAGCAUCCAGGACAGCAGCUGCAACGGGACAUCUACCAUCAAGAAGGCACCUAUCACCCCUGGCCCGUGGAAAGUCCCCAGCACCACCAAGCUCCAGGCCCAGGUGGAGAUGACGCAUGAGGGAAACUGAUAUUCUCCAAGUAUGCUCCUCUCAUUCAUUUGGAGAAAGCAGAGGCUCAGAAGCAUGGACAGUCAAAGUGGAAUGAUGAGUCAUGAGAGAGUUACUGCAUCACUGUGUAACCAGCAACAUUACUGCACAUUGCUUAUUAGUCAUUUGGGGUUUUUUUUCUUCUUCUUCUUUUUCCCCCGUUUGCCUCAUUCGGUUUGCAUCAGGCGGAUGAUUGUUUGACCUGAUAUGCAUAUUUCUUCAGGCAUGUAUAUGUUUGUAUGUGUUUAUUUGGGUGUGUGCGUGGAUGUAUAAGUGAUUGGGUCUUGUGCGUGAGUUUUAAAGUGACACUGAAGUCCCAUGUCUGUAUCGUGCCAAUCAGAGACUCCGUGUGUGAAGAAGCUGCUGCGUAUCGCUCUCACUGUGACACUAUUUUUAGGCAAGGAGAUGAAGCGCUCUCUUCCUCUGCCCGCUUUUAUGAAGGAUUCUGCUCUUUUGUCACUCUGAUGGUGAUAAAGACUUCUGCAGCUAUAAAGACGCUCAGUUUCCCCCCGAUCGGAUAGAUUCACUGUUACUUUGGCUGAUGGAUGUUUGAGGAGGUGGAGCUGGGUGGAUUUCGUCUUUUGAUUGGUGACAGAAGGAGACAGAUCGUCUUCUAAAUCAUUCUCUGUCUUCCUCUUGAGAGCCCCUUAACCAGAGCUGUGAACCGUGUGUGUGAGUGCAUGCAUGUGUGUGUGUGUGUGUGUGUGUGUGUGUGUGUGUGUGUGUGUGUGUGUGUGUGUGUGUGUGUUCACACAUUUAAGACUCUGAAUCACCCUGUUUCCAUCAGCUCUUGCAGUAGGUGCACUGAUCACUCUGAAGCUUUAUAUAUGCAUCAAUCAGCAGACCAGACACUUGUGGUUGUAAUAUUACUCUUUGUUACAUGCGUGUUUAUAGUGAAGUAUAGUUGUAAUUUAUUGAAAUUAAGUGACGAAAAAUAUUAUAGGCAUACAUAUCCAGAAUGAUUCAUCACUUCCUUGAUGUAGGAAGUGAAUGGAAAUGGAAAUGGAAUGUGUAGAUAAGUAUUUCCAUAGCAAAUAAGGUGCGGUGAAGUGUGUCAAGCAGAUCGGACAUCUCGGCUGUUUCCUGAGUUCACAUCGUAUCGACGCUGAUGACAUCAUUGCAACUCCAUGGGCCUGUCGCGUUGUGGUGCAUGAAUUAUCUAUAUAUUCCAUUUCUAUUUCUAUGUGUCGACAGUCUGUGCACAGUCCCACAAACGUAUUUGAUCCACAUAAUGUUGUCUACUGUUAGCAGUUCAGUAUUCUAGGUCCUCUGUGUGUGCGUAUACGAGCUGUCUGAUAGGCCUAUGUAUUUUAGACAUUGCUGUAGCUUCGACAGUACUUUAUCUGAUAUGUGUAUUAUUAUUUAACAAAGUGAUUAUCUAUACAUCUAUACAUUAUUUAGCAGAGUUGGAUUAUCACAUCUGAUCGUAUGGAGUGAGACGUUUGCCUUCAACCUAUUAAAACUUAAGAGAUAUUUUUAGUUUUUAUCACACCACAAUUUAGUGCACAAAAAAACUGCUUUCUUCACUCUAACCUCCGCAUCUAUUCUAACCUGAGCUGCAUUUUAGGUCAUGGCCCAAAAUGAGAGAGAAAUGAAUUGCUGUGUAUUUUGACUUUGUUAAACAUCAACAACACCGCGCGUAUCAAAAUUUUAUAAUAUGAAUAAAUCCAGACUUCCAGAGUCCAGGUUUGGGGGAGAGAAAGUAAAUACGUUGCCCUGUGGUGGUUGCGUUCGAGGCUCACUGGGAAAGGCUUAAUGCCCUCAUGUGGGGUUUUAGUACGACAUUACAUUGGAGGAGUGCACUUAAACACGACAGGGAAUCUAUUUUCAUAUGAAACUAUAUAUUCCUUAUUCAACAGAGUUGCUUAAAAUCAUUUUGAAAUGAACAUUUCAAAAUGUUUUAUUGAAAUGCUGACAUUUGCUUUAUUCCAGAUCCGGUUGUAUUUGACGCAAUCUAUUCAAACGCCGCGUUUCUGGUGAUGCCACGCGGUUAAUUGCUCGGGGGGAAGGGAUUUGUAUUUGCCGAUGGGAAAUGGAUGUGGAAUUUUCUCAGGAAUAAACGCAUCCAGCAGGGGCGCUAGUUCUCACUUUCCCCUCCCACGGGCCAGGCCGUGGCACGUUUAUCCGCUGCCAAGCUCAACGGUCUGUUAAAGGAAUGCAGCGACAUCUAGCGGUCGAUGCGCAACGUGAGCGCUGGCUCAGUAAGGAGCCCGCUCCCCCCCCCCCCCUGCGUACAGUGAGAAAUUACCAAAUAGUGGCUGUUGACUACCCGAACAGGUCGCCCCAGAAGGCUUCGGUUAAAUCGAUGCAUGAGUAAUGACGUAGGAGAGUAAACGUUUGUCGCCUGGUCUGUUAGAGCGCAUACUAAUUUAUUUCACACCUAACUUGUGACGCUGUGAUAACGAUUGGCUGCUGCAUCAUUUACCGUGCUCGUCAUUAUCAUGUGUGGCGGCGUGGCCUUGCGUUGUCCCAGCAUCCAGAAGCCUUUGGUUCUGACAUCAUGGUAGUUGUAAAUGUUUAUAAAUUGUACAGCACCUUUAUAAAUAUUUGCCUUCAUUCAGAAAAAAAAAAUAUCAUCUGUAAAUCGUUCAUUAUUUUUUUAAGUAAUCGAAAGGAAAAUGAUGUAAAAUGAUGAAAGGAAUUCUGGUCAUGGCGUUCUGUUCAUGCACUGAUAAAUAAAGGUUUACUGAA